AGUAACCUGUGAACACAGCAGAAAAAAAAAAAGAGAAAAAAAAGGAUUUACUGAAAACUGGGAUUUAUCUGUGGUGGCGUUUGAACUGUAUUGUGGCCUGCCUUCGAGGCUUUUUUUAAUCUUUCAAAGCGGACUUAAAAUAUAAGACUAUAUUAAUCUGUAAAGGAGGAGGCCAGGGCUCCACCUGCUGCAAGAAAGGACGGGCAAAGGUGACUGCCAAGGGCUUAGACCACCUGCCCUGAGGAGUCAAGGAGAGAAGGAAGGAAGAAAGGAAGGAAAGGAGAAAGAACAUUGUCUGUUGUUGACCUCUGCUUCCUACUGUAUACAGAUGUAUGCUGAGAAAGUUGAGGGGAAGAUGGGGAGCAGGGGAAUCUCUCUGACCUGUGUGUUGACCCCCUGCCGUGUGAUUGGAGUGUGUGUGAUGCUGAUGACCUUGGGAGCCAUUGGAGCAGCCGUCUGGGCCGUAGUUACGUAUUGCACAAUGGAGGAAGACACAGGACUGUAUGAUGUCCAGGUAAAUUCUGCUGACCAACAUCUCAGAGUCUUUGACUCCGCCCAGAGGAGGUGGCGUCAGGUGUGUUCCUCCUCAGCCAAUGAGCUGCUAGCUAGCAUCAGCUGUGAGGAAGUGGGGUUUGUCAGUGUGGUGAAUUACUCAGUCACAUCAGUGCCAGAGGCCAGUGGAGAUGGCGGGGAGUUUUUCUGUGUCAGACAGGAAGAGCUCAGCUUCGGCAAGAAAAUCAAAGACUCAUUGUUCCCAUGUGACUGUGAGAGCAGGGAGGUUCUCACACUGUUGUGCCAAGACUGUGGCAGGCGUAGUUUUGCAGCAGACCGUAUAGUUGGUGGUGUGGAUGCCCGGCAGGGCAGUUGGCCUUGGCAGGUCAGCUUACAGUAUGAUGGAGUUCAUCAGUGUGGAGGAUCCAUCAUCUCAAACCGAUGGAUUGUCUCAGCAGCUCACUGCUUCCCUGAGCGGUAUCGCUUUGUUAAUCGCUGGCGUGUGCUGCUGGGCUCCAUCUAUAAUAAACCAGUCAACGCCAAUGUGGCAGAGGUGAAGACCAUCGUUUACCACAGCAGCUACCUGCCCUUUGUAGAUGCUAACAUUGAUGACAACAGCAGGGACAUCGCUGUUCUGGCCCUCACCCAGCCCAUCGUUUUCAAUGAAUACAUCCAGCCUAUUUGCCUGCCAGCAUACGGUCAAAGACUGAUAGACGGGCAGAUGGGAACAGUAACAGGCUGGGGAAAUGUAGGAUACUAUGGUCGUCUAGCAGAUGUUCUCCAGGAAGCGAACGUCCCCAUCAUCAGCGACACUGUCUGUAACGCUCCUGAUUACUAUGACAAUCAAAUCACCACCAGUAUGUUCUGUGCUGGUUAUGAGAAAGGAGGCACGGAUGCCUGCCAGGGAGACAGUGGUGGUCCUUUUGUGGCAUAUGAUUGCCUGUCCAAGACCAGUCGGUAUCGUCUGCUGGGGGUUGUGAGCUGGGGAACAGGCUGUGCCAUGCCCAAGAAACCUGGAGUCUACACCAGAGUGUCCCGAUUUCUGCCCUGGAUAUCUACGGCCAUGAGGAACUAUCACAACUCACCGGGGGUUCAUAAAAUGGCCCGGACAUGAGAUUCCUGCUCCCAUUUUUUUACUCUUGGAUGACAAUAUUGAAAGACCCUGUAGAUGUCAGCGGGGCCUGUUUGAUGGGGAUGAAAGGCUGUGGUGUCCCAGAUUCCCCGUCUUACCUAAAACUUUUUUAGUGAGGAUUUAACCACUUCCUGAACCUUCCCACAUUGUUAAAUCUCUACCAAUAUCACACUUGCUAAUAGAUAACCUUUAUCUGUGCAGCGAUACACAGACAGAGGUCUUUAAAGGUCGGGUACGCGAUUCCGGAGAAAGUUUGUUGAAAGAUUAUAAAACGUCAUCACAUGAACGACUUGCAAGCACACAGCAUCCAAAACACAACGGAACUGGCCAAAGUUAGUUGUUUAAAUUGUUUUUAUAAAACUACAGUGAGGAGAACAUUGUAGGUUUGUAGCUAAGCCAACAAUGAAGGUAAUGUUGGCAAGCCUGUUUUUAGGUCUGUUUUUAGGUGGCUAUAAAACCCUUAAAACAUACAGACAAAUACCAUGAUAUAGAGCAAACAAAUAAUGUAGCUAUGUUGUGGGUUAGCAAACUGUAGCUAACGUUGCUGCUGUGCAGCUAACACCCAGAGAGGGCACACCAGCUCCAGACAGCAAUACUGACACCUCUCCUGCUACCAUAGCUAACAUCACAUCAAAAGCAUGUCUUGGCAAACCAGAAAGUUAGCUGAAUGUCCGUGGGCAAGUAAUUUAACGUUAUCUGACACACAAAUCCUAGCUGGAAUGGCCAGAAUAACAAGAUAGUGUUGUGCCAGCACACAGCAGAAAGCUAGUGGAGCGUGAGGAGAUAUCCGCUAAAUGAAUAAAAAGAAUUGGAUUUGAAUCGCAUCGUCUAGAAUCGCUUACCCCACCUUUACAGGACCAGUGUGUAGGAUUUAGUGGCAUCUAGAGGUCAAGUUGCAGAUUGCGUUUUAAUACAGCUCAGUUUGUAGGAGAAACUACGGUGGCCAUGAAACUUGUGAAAAACAUGUAGGCCCCAUUUAGAGCCAGUGUUUGGUGUGUCCGUUCUGGGCUACCCAUGGCGGUUCGUGGGUCCGUAGAGGAGGACCCUUAUUUUCAGGUAACUAUACACUAAUUAAAACAUACUUAUGAAUAUUCAGUUUCUGCCAAUAGAUCCUCCUAAAUGUUACACACCAGACCUUUAAGACCUUCACAUUAAUGUUGACUAACUUUGUUAUUAUGAAGUUAAAUAUUGAUAAAAGGGUAAAAGUGAAGAAUACUAGAAUCACUUUACUGGAUUUAUGAAGCCAGUUUUGUAAAAUACAAUGAUUUUGUUUUUCUGAGCUGACUUUUUUCUCCUCUUGUAUUUUUUGUUUAGCUACAUACAACUGCCAUGCCACCAAAAAUCAAUAUUCUGUAGAAAUAACCACUAUAACUUAUGAGCUAAAGAGCAGUACAUUGAAUUAAGACUUGUGAAUGCUCAGGUUUAUCUUAAUAAUUCUAGAUGUAAUUGCAAGGAUGCCGGUGUACACAGUAAGCCACAGUGCGUGCAUUUACAUUGUGCAACACUAAGAAACACACACAGACAAUUAGAAUCUAACAUGUUGGUAAUUUUGAAGAAUUACAGCACACAUCCAACUUUUCACAUCACAAGCAUCUCAUAUAUAAUUGAACUCUUACUUGUGUGAUAUGUUUCAUAUCUUUUUAUAUGCAGUAGCCUGACUUUUGUAUGAAGAAUAAUUAUUCAUACAAGUUCUGUCUUUAUUCCCACAUGAAUGGAUGAGUAUUUUGUUGUUAUCUUGUAAAUAUUAGUCACUGUCUUGUUUAUGUAGAUGUUAUGUUACAGAUCUUAAAGCCAGGAGUGCAAUAACAACCUAAAUCAUGUUCUCAGAAGAUAUUUUACUUUUACUGCCGCACAUAUUAAUUACCAGACUUCGAAUGCUAAUGAUGUCUCAUUUCAUUAACUGGCAUGAGUAUGCAUUAGUAUAUACUAAAAUUCCAGCUCUUACAGUCGUCUUUAACAUAAACCACAAAUAAUCAUUUCAACAGUAAGUUUACGGCUGUUACUUAUAUUCAGAUUAAAGCGGCAUCAGGACGAAGGUCGAAGGUCACUAUACUGAAAUAUAUUUGUUUUACAAGACAAUGUAUUUACACCUUCAGAGAAAUGUUUAUUACAUAAGGACAAAUGGGAAAAAUGAAAUGUUUCAAACUAAUCUGCAUCUCAAGCAAAUAACCAACAUGACAGAGGAUGAGGUAUAGUGUAUAGGCACAAAAAUGACUGCACCCUCACUAGAAUCACAAAACAAUAUUCACAAAAUAAAAAACAUAACACAGAACUCUAUCACUGUAGAUAUGAACUGAAUCUGAACCCGCUCCUGGCUGACAUAAAGGAAUGGAUGUGAACACAACUAACUUUCUGCAAAAUACAUUUGAACCCUGUCUGGCACUGAUUUUUAUCUCUUGAAUAAACCGAAUGUAAUAUGCAUUCUCAUACUACUCACCCCUUUGAAAUAAAAUUCAUGUAUGUACAUUUAUGGUGAUUAUGAUGUGUACAAGAGAAAUACAUUUUGUAAAAUGUAAACUGUUUCAUUGAGUAUUGUAUUGAAAUAAAUCCUUAAUUAAAAACAA